AUGAGCAGCUCUUCACAUCCUCAUAACACCAAGAAAAUCUCACUUAAUCGUGAUUGGUUUUUCCAGCUUCAACUGGACACUGUUCAUGAAGCGGCCAUUGCGAUAGGAAAACAUAUUUCCACGCCAUUUUUUUUUUCUCAUCGAUUCUUUAUUUUAUUUUUACUUCGUUUUUCCAUCAGUGAUUUAUUUUAUAGUCUUUUAUUUUUCUUUCCUCCGACUUCUCUCACUAACACACUCUCUCAAUCUUACUCAUUCUCUCACUCUCUCUCACUCUCCACUCUUUCACCCCCUCUCUCACACUCUCUCAAUCUCACUCAUUCUCUCACUAACACACCCUCUCUCAGUAAUUCCCCAACUCUCUCUUACUCUCUCACCCUAUCUCAACCCCUCUCUCACUCUCAAUCAUUCUCUCACUCACUUACUCUCACUCUUACAGUCACUCCCUCCAUCGCUUACUUUUUAUCAAUCUUACACUCACUCACUCACUCACUCACUCACUUUCUGACUCUCGCAUCCAAUCUUUCAUUCACUCACUCUCUCUCACUUACUUUCUCUUACUCACUCUCUCAUCCUCACACUCUCAUUCACUCACUCUCAUUCUCACUCUUGUCUCGCACAUUCUCUCUCACAUUCACUCUCUCGCUCCCUAACCCCUUACUCUCUCUCACUCAUCCGUUCUAUCUCACUCUCACUCACAUUCUUACUGUCGUUCUCAGUUACUCACUCUUUCUCUCACUCUCACUCUCUCUCAUUUUUCUCAUUCACUUUCAUACUCAUUCUCUCACAUACUUCACUCAUUCUUUUCACUUACUCACUCUCUCUGUCUCUCUCUUACUUACAUUCUCUGUCUGUCUGUCUGCCUCUCUCUCUCUCUCUCUCUCUCUCCAAUUUUUGUAG